AUGAUGAAUUCUGUUCAGCAAACCGUAAAAUAUUUACGGUUGAUCAACAUAAAAAGUGCUCUUAGUACUUUAAAAGAAUGCAAGACGCUUCCACAGAACGUAUCUAAACAUAAUGCGGAUACCAUAUCAAAAUAUAAAACUAUUACAUUCAGUCCACGCAGCAUUGGUUUUGAAAUCAGGGACGAGCCGACAGUGAGCCGCAUAAAGCAGGACCCGUUGUCGUAUACGCCUAUAAUUAAUCCCCGAUCAAUAUUGCCAAUUAUCGAAUCGAAUUGGCGUAAUGACGAGAUUGGAUUGCCCCCUAUCAGGCAGGAGGAAAAACAUGCUGCAAGGCUGAUUGUUAUAAGGCGUAAGAAGAUGAAAAAGCAUCAACGCAAUAAGCUUUGGAAACGUAUGAGGCACCGCUGGGCUAGGGUAAGGAAGCGCAGACGUCAGAUUAAGGAGAAAAUAUUCCAGAAUGAAUUACUUGCCAUGGUGAGGGCAGCAAAUGAGUUCUCCGCUGAACAGUAUGUGGCCAGUAAGAUCGAGAGAGCCAACCACACACCACUGCCCACCCGCUGGAAACAUAAACGUCUGCCCGAGUUCAUCAUUCGCCAGUUGCUUGGGCUCGAUAAGAAAAUCAACUACAAGCACACCGAUGUCUACAAAGCA